GGUGGGAGCUUCGUCAACGUUUCAUUAAUCACUGAAGGCCAAUGACAAUUGUCUACCUUCUUUUUUCACCUCUCCACCACUACGACAAUCUUUGUUAAUGAUGAUGAUGAUGAUGACAAUAUUGGUAUUGGUGAUCAUUGGUGUUGUAAACUAGUUAGUUAGUAGUUACCCACAGUAGAACACCUGUCUCGUGUCCGCGUCUCUCCGCCUGCACACCGCAAUUUGUUUAUAACAUUUUCCGCGAGUGGUUCGUUCGCGCGUGAACAUCGUGUCCUCUACUAUUCUCUUACCGAUUUUCCAACAACAACGAAGAAAGAACAAAUUAAUUAUCGCAAAAAAGUCGUGUUCGUGCUGCACAUAAAUAUGUUCAUCUAACUGCGAUUCUUUUCCGCGCAUCUUAAAGAAACUCGAGGACCGCAGAAACAUAACGUAAGCAGGGAAAAAUCGCUCACCAAUCAAAUUGGUUCAAGAUGGCCGCACGUCUCUGCAGAGCGUUGGCGCGAAAAAAGACGCUCGACGAUGAGGACAGUCAGUUGGCACGAGUUUUGAAUCUGAUGGAUCUGACGGCGCUGGGCGUCGGAUCUACACUUGGUCUCGGUGUGUACGUUUUGGCCGGAUCCGUCGCCCGAAACGAGGCUGGACCGGCAGUCUGCUUGUCCUUCCUCGUCGCAGCCAUAGCUUCAGCAUUUGCAGGCUUGUGCUAUGCAGAGUUCGCAUCCAGAGUUCCGAAGGCGGGAAGCGCCUACGUUUAUAGUUACGUGAGUGUUGGAGAGUUUUCCGCCUUCAUCAUCGGAUGGAAUCUGAUCCUGGAAUACGUCAUAGGUAUGAGAUUCGAAGAACAACUUCGAUUUUUAUUUACAUUUCUGCACGUUUUAGGUACGGCCAGUGUCGCUCGAGGUCUGAGCAACUACAUCGACGCCCUUACCAACAACACCAUGAAAAAGACCCUGACGGAGCUGAUGCCCAUCAACGCAGACUUUAUGUCGCCCUAUCCAGACUUCCUCUCUUUCUUCGUCGUCAUGCUGCUAACAGUAUUGCUCGCCGUCGGCGUCAAAGAGUCAACAAACCUGAACAACAUCUUCACCGUCUUCAAUCUGGUCACGGUGAGCGUGGUCUUCGUGGCCGGCGUCAUCAAGGCGGACACGGCCAAUUGGAAGAUCGCCAAGGAGGAUAUUCCGGAAGGAGUCAAAGGAGGCGAGGGGGGUUUUCUUCCAUUCGGCGUUGCCGGGGUGAUGGCCGGAGCUGCAAAGUGUUUCUACGGUUUCGUCGGCUUCGAUUGCGUGGCGACGACCGGCGAAGAGGCCAAGAAACCACAGAAGAACAUUCCUUUGGCCAUCAUCUUCUCGCUGAUCAUCAUCUUCUUGGCCUACUUUGGCGUCUCCACUGUACUCACAAUGAUGUGGCCCUACUACGAUCAGGACGCGAACGCACCGUUUCCGUACGUCUUCGAAAAGGUCGGAUGGCCUGUGAUCAAGUGGAUCGUCACUAUCGGAGCGAUCUUCGCCCUCUGCACCAGCAUGUUGGGAGCCAUGUUCCCGCUUCCCAGGGUCAUCUACGCCAUGUCCAAUGAUGGAUUACUCUUUAAGUUUCUGGCCUCAGUUCAUCCCAAAACUCAGACACCCAUCAAAGCCACCAUCAUCUCAGGAAUAUUCUCUGGUAUUAUGGCGGCAAUCUUUGAUCUUCAACAAUUGGUGGACAUGAUGUCCAUUGGUACUCUGCUAGCUUACACCAUUGUGGCCAUCUGCGUGCUAAUCUUAAGGUAUGACGAUAAUAAAAACUACGAGGAUGCUGUGAAAACACAGCAAAAGCCAGAGUUGUCACUAUUCGAUUUCUUCCGGCGACUCUUCAACCUGAACAUGACCAAAGAGCCCAGCAGAUUCUCUUCGGGCGUCACCAAUUGGAGCGUCAGCACUUUCUGCAUUCUCGCUGCUGCCAUCUGCGCCAACAUCAUCUACUCGGAUGGCUUCCAGAACUACUACAGCCUCAUCAGCUUCGUCGUCCUGGUCAUCGUCACCCUCAUCACCAUCUUCAUCAUCUACAGGCAACCCGUCCACGACAUUAAACUAGCCUUUAAGGUACCGUGCGUUCCUCUUCUGCCAUGCCUCAGCAUCCUGAUCAAUCUCUACCUCAUGAUGGAACUGGACUUGCACACGUGGAUUAGAUUCGUCGUCUGGCUUGUCAUAGGUUUUUUAAUCUACUUCUUCUACGGUAUAAGAAAUAGCACCGAGGGUGAGAAUAGAGCAAACUUGAUUGGCGCGAAGAGACCUAGCUUGGCUGCAACCAUCUCUGUAAAGUCCGAGAAGAAGCUGGAAUUGGAGACCGAUACCAAAGGUCGGCCCAACGAGCAAGUCACCAAGUUCUAAUUAUAUCUUAAUUGUGAUCUUAAUUUAAUAUAUGUAUGAUAUGUAAAAUAAACCUAUGAACU